AUGGCUUCCUGGAAGUCCACAGGCACCUACGUUGACGAGGUUCCCCUGCCUGGGGCGAACAUCGUCAGUGGCAUGUGGAUCUUCAGGGUGAAGCGGCCGUCGGGUUCUCCGCCUGUCUUCAAGGCGCGUUACGUGGCUCGUGGUUUCAGUCAGCGGCAGGGAGUUGACUACUUUCAGACCUUCUCUCCCACCCCGAAGAUGACCACUCUUCGGGUGCUGUCGCACAUAGCCGCUCAGCGCGACUACGAGCUCCACUCUCUUGACUUCAGCACAGCUUUCCUGCAGGGCAGCCUGCACGAGGAGAUCUGGUUGCGCCGCCCACCUGGCUUCACUGGGUCGUUUCCUCCUGAUACCCAGUGGAGCCUCCGGCGGCCAGUCUACGGUCUCCGCCAGGCGCCCCGUGAGUGGCACGACACACUGAGGACUACACUUGCGGCUCUUGGGUUUGCUCCUUCUACAGCCGACCCGUCGCUGUUUCUGCGCACCGACUCCUCUUUGCCGCCGUUCUACAUCCUCGUGUACGUCGACGACUUGGUCUUUGCCACUACUAACACUCCUAGACUCGCCCACGUGAAGUCCGAGCUGCAGAAGAGACACACGUGCACAGACCUGGGUGAACUGCGCAGCUACCUUGGCUUGCAGAUCACCCGGGACAGAGCACAGCGCACCAUUACCCUGACUCAGUCACACAUGGUGCAGCAGGUCCUUCAGCGCUUCGACUUCACGUACUCCUCGCCUCAGGCCACUCCUCUCUCUACUCGCCACUCGGUCUCAGUUCUGCCUUCGGAUGAGUCCGUAGAGCCGAGUGGCCCGUACCCAAAGCUUGUUGGCUGCCUCAUGUACUUGAUGACCUGCACACGACCUGACCUUGCAUACCCUUUCAGCAUCUUAGCACGCUAUGUUGGUCCUGGGAGACACCGACCAGAGCACAUGGCUGCAGCGAAGAGGGUGUUGCGCUACUUGUGCAGUACGUCGGGCAUGGGGCUAGUGCUUGGAGGCUGUGAGGCUGAGAUCUACGCGGGGGCCAUGGCUGCACAGGAGCUACGCUGGCUCACCUACCUGCUGACUGACCUAGGAGAGCCGCCUCGUUCUCCUCCAGUUCUGUACGUAGACAACAAGGCCAUGCUGGCCUUGUGUCGGGAGCACAAACUGGAGCACAGAACGAAGCACAUUGCUCUCCGCUACUUCCUUGCUCGUGAGCUGCAGCAGCGUGGUCAGCUGCGCCUUACUUACGUGGCCUCUCAGGCCAACACUGCUGAUAUCUUUACCAAGGCACUUCCGCCUGGUGAUCAUCAGCGCUUUUGUACUAUGCUAGGUCUUGUGCCUACUUGGCCUCACUUGCUCACUUCUUGA